UCAACCAGCUGAUCGAAUGUCGCGCCGCGCAACACCAUACACCAAAAUGCGAGAUGUUGCCUAAUUCAGCAGGGUGUGCCUGCUGCCCUAAGGGAGUGCUGAGUGUGCAUGACUCUUUCCCUGGCCGCCACACGCGAGCAUGUGAACAUGUUAGGUACCUCGCAAUGCUCCAACAUAACACUCUGUCCCUACAACAUGUCCUGAUAUAAGUCAACAAAGACCUUCGUGGUCACCCUCCCUCCGCCUAACACUCCUACGACGUUACAAUGGCUUCUGCUCCAGAAUUCUUCCUUACUUUGAACAGCGGCACCUCCACUCCAACCACAAAUGGUUCUGUCAAAGCCAAGGGCAUUGUUGUAUUCUCCGGUGGAAGCGCUGCAAAUAAUCUGGUCGAUGUCUUCAAGACCGUGCGGGAGGAUAAGAGGUGUUCGCUGAGCUAUGUGAUCCCUAUCAGUGACAACGGCGGAAGCUCCUCUGAGCUCAUACGUGUCUUCGGCGGCCCAGGUAUUGGUGAUGUACGGAGUCGUCUCGUGCGCCUAAUCCCAGAUGAUCCGGAUAACGACGAAAGUGAGAAAGCGGCCAUCAAAGCUUUCUUCAAUCACCGCCUGCCGAAAGAGCAAGUUCCGGCGAAGCAAGAAUGGCUCCAAAUUGUAGAAGCGCAGCAUGCACUCUGGACGAACAUCUCCACGGCGAAAAAGGAGCUCAUACGGUCGAUCCUCAGUCACGUGGCUUUCGAGAUCAUCAAGCGGCGUAGACCCUCUUCCACGUUCGAUUUCUCGGGUGCAAGUAUUGGCAACCUGUUUCUGACGGGUGCACGCCUCUUCACCGGCUCAUUCGAAUCCGCCAUCUACCUCCUCUCCAGCAUCUGCUCAGUCCCUUCCCACACCUCGGUCCUGCCUGCCAUAAACACAAACUUCACGCACCACAUCUCCGUCGGCCUAGCCAACGGCACCAUCAUAACGGGCCAAAACUCAAUCUCCCACCCCUCGCAGUCCACAGCCCUAGACUCCCACCCCGCCCACGACGAAGUUGAAGAGCACGAUCGCAUCGAAGACGCCAACCUCCCCGGCUCCCUCCCUACGCUGCGGAAACAGUACAUCGCCUUCUCCAAAGCCGACGAAGAAGAACUCGAUGCGAGGAUCGAGAGGUUGUGGUACAUCAACCCGUAUGGUCAGGAGAUCCGACUCGCUGCAAACCCCAUGGUGCUGAAUGCCUUGAACGACGCGCAAGCGGUGAUAUACAGCAUCGGCUCGCUGUACACGUCGAUCGUGCCAUCGUUGGUGUUGAAAGGUAUUGGUGAAGCGCUGAGUAAUCCGCAGAUCAGGUACAAGAUCCUGAUCCUGAACUCCACACUGGAUCGCGAAACAGGGCCGAGCUUGGAUCCUUACACGGCAUUGGAUUUCGUAGCGGCAAUUGCGAAAGCGGGGGCGAACUCGAAGGGUGUGCUUGCAACGCCGCCGACAGAGUCGUAUAAGGAGUAUGUCACGCAUAUCAUCCAUCUCACGGGUCCGGAGAUGCCGGCAGUCGAUAAGGAGGAGUUGAGGGCGCUGGGCAUUGAGGCGAUUAGGGUGUAUGGGAGGAAGAAUGAGGGUGAGAGUUUUGUGCGGUAUGAUGAGAGGGGGUUGAUUCAGGCGCUGGAGGUUACGAUGGGGAAGAGGGAUCCGCGAGUAGCCAGUCGUCGUAACACUCUCGAAGGUCCCGCGAGGUAGAAUUCACGCGGGUGGAGGGUGUAAGGCAACAGAGAAUGGACGCGCGGCAUGUGCCAUGUUUGUAUAGUACGCACUGUUUGCGACAGCCUCGAGCUUCGAGCUUGUGCAGCUUUCUGACUGAGCGAAUCCCGAUGCCGCCUUUUAUGAGUCGUACACGGGCAAAGAAACAGCGUAUGAUCAGUACCGCAGACCACUCAAAACCAUCGUACUGUGUAGAGGCGUCUACGGUGGUAGCGGAGUGCUAACGGUUACUGUAAGGGAGAUUGUCACUGCAUCUGAUAGGAAAUCUUCGGCUUCCCAUGCGACGCAUGUUGAGACGAAAAGAUUGGAGAAUGUCCUUCCAU